CGUUCCAGGUGCUGUGCGAAUACGACUGCUCUACCAGCUGUCGUGAAGGUUGGAGGCGACAGAGGCGGUGUUUCCCUUUCUCCUUUCGCGGGCAUUAAGGGGCGUCUCGCCAUGAAUCCUGGAAGGCGGAAGGAAGGGCUCGGGUCGCCUCGUCGAGCGCUGUUGAGGAGUCGAUCGACAUCCUUGCGGGGACUCCUGCUGGUGCUCAGUGUUUUUGCGUUCCCCGCCGUCUCUGCCCUCAAGGUGUGUCCCUUGACCUCCAACCGCGUGGUAAUCACUAACUUUUAUAGGUAUGUGUAUGCGACCUCCGAGGCAAACAUGACGGUGAUCAUCCGGUCCAAGGAGUGUCAUAUCAACUCCUCGGUCGUCGCCGUCGUUCCAGACUUGUCCGAAGCGCACUUCGACGACGCGGGUCGGCCGUGGCACGAGUUCGGCUUCAUCAUCGACGAAACCGAACUGACGAUAAAUCUGGGUGAGCACGCGGGUGGGAACCUGACCUUCUCGCGGGCCUGGGAGGAUCUUGCCCUCUGCUCCUCCGUCGGGCUGGAGUUUACCUUCCCCCCCUUAACGCGCAUCGCGAGGAACUGCACGGGCGAGGACGACGCGAGGGAGGAGGAGGAAGCGCCCCGUUGGAAGAACAACUGCACUCACGUCACCAACACCAUGCUUACAGAUUUCAGCAACGACUUGGACGACCCGAGAGUGCAGAGCCCUGGCUACAACGGCGGCCACAUCAUCUUCAUCCCGCUGGGCGCCAUCGUGUUCGUGGUGACCGUGUGCCUCCGCUUCUGCCUGUGCCCCAAGCGAGGCUCGACGGCCUCUCCCAGGAACGUCUCGUCGGUCACGAGGCAGCUCUCGCUCAACUCGGACGCCAGCGACUCGCUCACGACGAUGCACUACGACCUCGACCUCCCUCCUGCCUACUCCGACCUCCAAACGGAGGACACUCCACCGCCCUAUUCGGAGGUGGAGAAGGUGAAGAUCCCGCCCUACGAGGACCCUCCACCGCCCUUCGGGAGGCUCUACAGCUCUACAGCUCUACAGAUAGAGUCAGAGACGCCGCAGAACACCUCGUGCCCACCGUCAACAGCCGCAGACACCAGCUCGACGUCGCUCGCCGAUUCCUCGGGGCUGGUGAAGGUGCUGACCGCGAGGACGCUACAGUCCCAGUUUUCACACAAGCCCCUCGAGGAAGAGAAGCCUGCGGAGCAAGCGUAGUCGACGCCGUUCACAUGCGGGGCUCCUCCUCCUGUGCCUUGAUCUGUGAUAUAUGAAAGACGCACUGCACACUCGGUUUCCUUCACGAGAAUGACCUUCGUAGAAAUUUUGUAUGACGUAUGUGAGGCGAGAAGAAGAAUCAAGACAGAACUGGAAUUUGAGGACAGCCGUGAGGGAAAUUUGGAGUGAAGAAAAAUUAAAGUGAAAAAAAAAGUGUUGGAUUGAAAAUGAGACUUGGAGCUAGUAAAGAAAGUUAAAAUAAAAAGGAUGUUGGAAAAUGUGCAAAAGAGGAAGUACUUGGAAACGAUGACUGCCAUGAAAUAUGCAACAUGUGAUAAUUUGGUGAUCUAAAUAUCAUAUUUUGUUAAUGGCAAUGAUGAAACACGCAAUGAGUGCUUAUUAAGAUAAUGAAAUACCAAACAAGUGAUAAUGAUAAUGCUAAGAAUCGCUUAGCUUAACCUGAAGAAUAUAUCAACUUCCAGUGAUGUGUUUGGGGCAAGAAAGUGAUAAGGUAUUGUCAUAAGGACCAAACAUAUUAGCUGGCGGAAACCGGAUUAUAUCUCAGUAUUCUGCGCGUAAAACUUUUAUUUUUAUUAAUACUGUGGUAUUUUUUUGCGCGGAUUAAAAAUUGCAAAGAACAAUUCAGUCGCUUGUUAGUGCAAGUGCGCAUCUAUACCGUCUUCUUUUUUCCCCUCAAUUCUUCCCUGUGUUUCUUGCUUUAAUGGAAUUUCUCCUAAGUAUUUCAGUCAAGUCAGACAAAAAAUCAGAGGCCCGGAAUGUACACUUUAUAUCAAUUAUAUCCAAGCCGAGUCAGCCCUUGUGAAAUGCCCUCGCAGAAACAUGAAAAGAGAGACAGAGGUAAACCGUGUGAGCACUUCGUCAGUAUUCACCCCAAGAGCCUCUUGUGAGAACGUGAUAACCGACAUGUGAAUCCGCAUCUGAAGACAUUUUAUACCUGACCUGAUCUCAUGUUGCGUCAGUGUUUUCAAUGACCUCGUUUGUAAAGGAAAGGAGGCAGUGUAUAUACUCAAGGUAGAUAUUUAAUAGGAUUUGAGCUUCAGGACCAGUGUGCAAUGCGUGUGGGUGAUGUGGUAACGAGAGAUGACUUGAAUGGAAUAGUUUAAAACCUGCACGAUAGCGGUAGGUUGGCGGUGUACGAUAAUGCCUGGGUUGAAAGCUAGUCACAUUCCUUUGUUGAUAAUUUCUUGCAAACCAUUACAUUAUUCGACUGUUUUGUUUGUGUUUAUUUUGUUUAUUUCCUUUCUUUGCGUUUCUUCAGAUUACCUCUUUUACAAUAUAUUGAUAUCAAAGUACACCUUGCAAGUCAUCAGUAGAAUAAAAUAAAUUAGAGUUUAUAGAACGUAGUGUGGGCAAGGGUGGGACACAUACUGUAAAGGUGGUCGUAUGUAGUUUCCCCGAUAAAGAAUACGAACUGAUAAAUACACAGAAAACAGAUACGACAAUAUAGUACGGAACAACCUAGUCAAGAAAAAAGUCAGAAUUGGAAGCCUGGAGACGGAAAAGUGGGGGGGGGGUGAUGAUUAGGUUAGGAGGUAAACUGCACACUUGGUUUGAGGACAGUCCUACCCUACCAAAGGGGUAGGGUAGGAUGACCAGGGCACGGGCGGUAGGAAAGGAAGAGGACCGGGUCGUGGACACUUACGUGCACAUGGAAAGAAUAUUGAUACCCAGGUGUUUUUACCUGACGAAACCAGCCCAGUGCGACAACCUCACCCGGCUGCUUCAUAGGUAUCGGUUUCCACGAGAGUCUGGUUUUAUUUAGCGUUUGAUUUUUAGGACUUGCGAAGAAAAGAGAUUUUGAAAUGGAGACGGUUCGUGUGAUAUUUUUUUUCGUGGGAAUUUCGAAAGAUGUUUCUUUGAGUUAUUAUUAUUAUUGUUGUUUUCUGUCUCUUGUAUCUUUUUUUCACAUCAUAUUCAAAGAUUUUUUUUCAAAUAUAGACAAAUCAGAAUUAUUCUUCCAACGCUUCAGAAAUUAAGAGUAAAGAUCGCAAUCUUAAAAUUUUAUGUAGUUAUGUUGCACAGCGUUAAAACUAUUUUUACAACCUCCACCACGAACACAGAAGUUCUAGUGCAUGACAAACAUUAAGCUGGAGUGUCAUGCAUGUCUCCGAAGGCAUGCGCACCUUCCUUGUGAUUUUUAUCUUUCUUCCUUGUUUUCAUUUUUCUUUCUUAUAAAUUUUCCUUUCUCGUUCUUCCUAACUAUAUCUUUUCCCCUUCUUGUUAUCGCUUUCCUUCUCCCCAUUUCUUCUUAUCAUUUUUCCUUCCCCCUUUCUUCCUUGAUAUUUUUCCUUCCAUCUUUCUCCCUUGUUAUCAUUUCCCUCACCUGUCUUCUCCUUCGCUCUUCCAACCUAUAAUCGUGUCUUCUUCCUCGUCAUCAUCUUUAUCUUCCUCCUCCUCCUCCUCCUCCUCCUCCUCCUUAAAUCCGCAUGAGCAGUAGACGGUGGGUUCUUCUGUCUGCGUCUUGAGGAACGAGUGAUGGAAGGUGGAAGUAGGAGGUGGAGGGAGAUGGAAAUUGUGGAAGGGGAAGGGGAAAUAGAAAUUGUGCAAGUGGAAGAUAAUAGGAGAUAGAAAUUGUGCAAGUGGAAGAUAGUAGGAGAUAGAAAUUGUGCAAGUGGAAGAUAGUAGGAGAUAGAAAUUGUGCAAGUGGAAGAUGGUAGGAGAUAGAAAUUGUGCAAGUGGAAGAUGGUAGGAGAUAGAAAUUGUGCAAGUGGAAGAUGAUGGGUGGUGGAAAUGGUGGAAGAGGAAGGUGGAGGGAAAUGGAAAUUGAGGAAGUGGAAGUGGAAGGUAGAAAUAGUGGUAGUGGAGAGUGAAAGAAACUGGAAAUGAUGGAAAAGUGAUGGAAGUGGAAAGUAAAGAUCGUUGAAAAUGAAAGAAGUGGAAUAACUUGAUGAAAAUGAAGGAGGUAGAAACUGAAAGGAGUGGUGAGUGAAGGAAGAAUAAAACGGAUAUAGUGAGUGGAAGAAGUGAAAGUUACAGAAGUAGGCAGUGAAAGAAAGGAAAAUAAAGAAACUAAAAAGUGAAAGAAAUGAAACUGAUAAAAGUAGAUAGUGAAAAAUAAGCAUUGAAAAGUGAAAAAAAUAAACACCAACGAGAUUUUAGAAAUAUAUAUAUAUAAAACAAGGAGGGAAAUGAAAAAAAAAAGGUGAAGACCGAAAUAAUUUUGAAGUAAAAAAAAAUGAAUGCAGUAGAACGUAAAGUGCAAAAAAAUAUGACAUUGGUGCCCUCACAUCCUGGCUGGAUUUCUUCAGACUCAGCGUUGACAAUGACCACUGUUUUUUUUUUUUUUUUUUUUUUUUUUUUUUUUUUUUUUUUUUUUUUUUUUGUACGCCCCCCUUCACAGACUAGAGCCAAUAUUUUGAUGAUAUUGCAGGAGCACAAGGCAUUUUUUUUCUCCGAGAUUGCCAUUCAAGGAGACCUUUGUAUACGAAUGCACAAAAGAAGAAUUCCAAAGAACAUUAUCUAUCAUUAUCAAAAAACUUGAAUGACAAGAAAAGAAAAGAAAAAAAAAGUGGCUUCAGAGUGUUCAGACCGUCAUGCAAGGUUCGACAGAGGCAAACAUACUAGUGAAAAUGAUAAGGAUUUUCUUCAAGGAAGCCAAGGUGUCUGAAUUCACGAAGAACAACAAAACAAAACAAUAAAAAAAUGAAAAGAAAAUAUAAAUCUUCCCAUUUUGAGAAGUGGAGACUCGGAUAUCAGGAACACCAUAGCUACGCAAAGAAAUAAAGGGUAGAAUCAACAUAGACAAGAUUGAAACAACCCAAAUCAUAAACAGAAAAAUGAGAGACACUAAUCACUAUCACCGAAGACCAAGAUAGACUUCUUAAUUAGUCGCUUCUUCCCCCCCCCCCCCCCCCCACACACCCGACUUGAGGAGCAGGUUACGGGGUUCCAGGAAAGAGCGUGGGAAAAAUCCUUUGACCGUGGGAAUUCACACUUCUAAGGACUGAUUUCCCGACGAAUGUCUUAGCAAGAAAAUUGAAAAUAAAUAAGAAACUGACAAGAAAAGAAAACGUUUCAUGAUUUCCCCCUUCUAAUAUGAAUAUAUAGAUAGAUAUUCACCCUCACAGCUUCGUCUAUGUAUAACGAUGUGUAUAUAUAAUGAUCGAUAAAUGUGCGUUAUUUUCCACAGAUAUUGCUUUUGUUCACGUGUAAAUAGGAAUUUACUGGAAACCACAAAGUCAUUCAGAUAAUAGUUAUAAGAUUAUUUAUAUGCGCACGAGAAUAUUUAAACGCUUAGUAUGUAUGAUUUUACUGAAACAUUGUAUAGAUGUCUGAAAAGUGUAUAUAUUUACGUAUAUUGAAAUACGCAUACACAUACAUACGUACUUACAAACGUAUGUAAUAGGUAAUAGAGACAUAGAGUGAUAGAUAUAUAGGUAGAUAGAGAGGUAGGUAGAUGCAUAUCGGCAUAUGUGUAUAUGCUAUGUACGUGUCUGUGAAUAUUAUAUACAACCAUAAACACACACACACACACACACACACACACACACACACACACACACACACACACACACACACACACACACACACACACACACACACACACACACACGCAUACA